AAACUUUGUUAGCCACCUGCUAACUUUUGUCCAUCGGCCGCGGGCAUUAGUGCCAACGAGAAAGUGGCACAGUCACCUCCCCAGGCAUCGGCGAAAGAUGGAGUGCCAAGGAGACGAUGACGUACCCUUGUGCACCUGGGCCAGUUCAAUAUUGAUGAACAGCAAAAAUGACAUCAGAGCACGAGUGCAACAGUUUGUGGAGGAGAGGAUGCAGACCACUAUGCUCACUGGUGUACUGAUCGGAGCCGCAGUAGCAGUCUCUCUGAUCGGCAUCGUGGUGCUCUUUGUUUACAGGAGAUACAAGCUGGCCCGUGAACAGCAGCCUGGUGUACCGCACUAUCGUUUCAGGAAAAGGGAUAAAGUGCUCUUCUAUGGAAGGAAGAUUAUGCGAAAGGUCCAGACGCUUUCCUCUACUCCUUCCACCCCAACUACCUCAGUGUCCAAACAACCACAGCGCAUACGCAAGAGAACCAAAGUUUUAAGCAUAGCUCGCAAAAUCCUCCGGAUACGUAAAGACCCCCCCACCUUGCAGCCCAAGGAGCCCCCACCCUCCCUGCUGGAGGCUGAUCUAACGGAGUUUGACGUGCAGAGCUCCAACCUGCCCUCUGAGGUCCUCUAUAUGCUCAAGAAUGUCAGGGUCCUGGGUCACUUUGAGAAACCCCUGUUUCUAGAGCUGUGCCGCCACAUGGUUUUUGUUGAGCUGCAGGAGGGCGAGGGUCUGUUCAGGCCUGGAGACGACGACGACAGCAUUUAUGUUGUUCAGGAUGGACGACUAGAGCUCUGUAUCCAUGAGAACGAUGGAACAGAACCAGUGGUGAAGGACGUGCUCCCAGGAGACAGUGUCCACAGCCUGCUCAGUAUUCUGGACAUCAUCACCGGUUAUCCAGCCCCCUACAAGACUGUGUCGGCACGCGCAGCAUCUCGCUCCACUAUCUUGCGUUUACCUGCAUCAGCGUUUCAGUCAGUCUUUGAGAAGUACCCGGAGACACUUGUGCGCGUCAUUCAGAUCAUCAUGGUGCGCCUGCAGAGAGUCACCUUCCUGGCAUUACAUAACUACCUGGGCCUAACAACUGAGCUCUUCAAUCCGGAGUGUCAGGCAGUGCCCUUGUCAAAUGUCAACAGUGUGAUUGGGGAGGCCACUCCUGGGAAGAUAAAUCGCCGUCAACAUUUCCAGGAGGAGCUGCCCACUGGGAGCUCAGAAACCUCCACAGAGACAGAUGGUGCAAAGGACAGCCCUCCAAACACCUGCAGGAAGCCCCGUUCCAUCUCGUUGCCCAUUGACAGUACAGGAGUUACAGGAAAUGACCUGAACAUGGCUUAUGAGCGAGCCAGAGUCACCAUAGACGAGCCGCCAUCCAGCCCUGUCACUCACAAAUCCAUUCUGAAGAAGAGUGUCACAAUGCAGCAUACACCCUCGGCAGUGUUUCACUAUACGGACACUGGGGGGCGCAGUAAUGCUGUCCACCCCAGUAAGGUCAACGCUAUCUUCCAGGCUGCAAAGAAGGACCUGCUCGGUAUCAUCCAGUUGCAGGACCCCAGCCUGCUGGAGGGCAGAGUGACCCUCCACCAGGUCAAUGCAGGUUCUGUGGUGGCUCGUCAGGGAGACCAGGAGGUGAGCAUCCAGUUUGUGAUCUCUGGCCUGCUACAUGUUUACCAGCGGAUGAUUGACCGUGAAGAGGAGAGUUGUCUGUUUGUGACCCACCCUGGAGAGCUUGUCGGUCAGCUAGCGGUCCUCACCGGAGAGCCUCUCAUCUUCACUGUCCGAGCCCAGCGAGACUGUAGCUUCCUCUCCAUCUCCAAGACACACUUCUAUGAGAUCAUGCGUGUGGAGCCAACUGUAGUGCUAAAUGUGGCACACACAGUGGUGAGGAGGAUGUCAUCUUUUGUCAGGCAGAUUGACUUUGCUCUUGAUUGGAUGGCAGUGGAAGCUGGAAGGGCUGUCUACAGGCAGGGGGAGAAGUCAGACAGUACAUUCAUAGUUCUGAGCGGUCGUCUGCGCUCUGUCAUCAUGAAGGAGGACGGCAAGAAAGAGCUGACAGGAGAGUAUGGCCGUGGUGACCUUAUCGGAGUGGUAGAGGCCCUGACCCAUCAGAACAGAGCCACCACGGUGCACGCAGUAAGAGACUCUGAGCUGGCCAAGCUACCAGAAGGGGCACUGAGCUCCAUUAAGAGGAAGUUUCCUCAGGUUGUCACCAGGUUGAUCCACUUAUUAGGGCAGAAGAUCCUCCAACAAGUAAAUGGCCCUCUUACAGCUCGCAGCCUGGCCCUGCACACCCCCGGCAGUAAGUGGGACGCAGGAAAUCAAGCGUCCAACCUCUCUACUGUGACAGUGCUGCCCGUGUCAGAGGAAGUACCUCUCACAGCAUUCACCCUGGAGCUGCAGCACGCACUCAUUGCCAUUGGUCCCACUCUUUUACUGACCAGCGAUACAAUCAAACAACGCCUUGGAGCUGCUGCACUAGACAGCGUCCAUGAGUACCGUCUGUCCAGCUGGCUAGGCCAACAGGAAGAUAUCCAUCGUAUUGUUCUCUACCAGACAGACUACACCCUGACCCCAUGGACACAGCGCUGCAUCCGUCAGGCCGACUGCAUCAUUAUUGUGGGACUUGGGGAGCAGGACCCUGCAGUUGGGGAGCUGGAGCGAAUGUUGGAGGGAAGUGCAGUGCGCGCCCAGAAGCAGCUGGUCCUGUUGCACAGGGAGGAUGGACCCCCACCCAAAGGAACUGUGGACUGGCUCAAUAUGCGCAGCUGGAUCUCCAGACACCUCCACCUUUCUUGUCCCCGCAGGGUGUUCUCCAAGAGGAGUCUGCCCAAACUGAGAGAAAUGUACCAGCGUGUCUUCCAGAAGCCAGCAGAUCGCCACUCAGACUUCUCCCGUUUGGCUCGGGUUCUCACUGGCAAUGCAAUUGCCCUGAUCCUGGGAGGAGGAGGGGCCAGGGGCUGUUCUCAGGUGGGGAUACUUCGUGCACUCAGUGAGGCAAGCAUCCCCGUGGACCUUAUUGGCGGCACAUCUAUCGGCUCCCUCAUGGGGGCUUUGUAUGCUGAGGACCGCAGCCAUAGCCGCAUGAGGGUGAGGGCAAGAGAAUGGGCAAUGGAGAUGACAUCGGUGUUUAAGAAGGUUCUGGAUUUGACCUACCCAGUCACUUCCAUGUUCUCGGGUGCUGCCUUCAACUCCAGCAUCAGCAACGUCUUCAAGGGCAAACAGAUUGAGGACCUUUGGAUCCCGUAUUUCAACAUUACCACUGAUAUUUCUGCUUCGGCUAUGAGAGUUCACACUGAUGGUUCUCUGUGGCGGUAUGUGCGUGCCAGCAUGUCUCUGUCUGGGUAUCUGCCUCCCCUCUGUGACCCCAAAGAUGGACACCUGCUGAUGGAUGGAGGCUACAUCAACAACCUACCAGCUGAUGUGGCGCGCUCCAUGGGGGCCAAAGUAGUGAUAGCUAUCGACGUGGGGAGCCAGGACGAAACCAACCUCACCAAUUAUGGCGACUCGCUCUCAGGCUGGUGGCUGCUAUGGAAACGUCUCAAUCCUCUGGCUGAGAAAGUCAAAGUGUUGAACAUGGCAGAGAUCCAGACCCGGCUGGCGUACGUGUGCUGCGUCAGGCAGCUGGAGUCAGUGAAGAACAGUGAUUACUGCGAGUACAUCAGACCUCCAAUUGACAGAUACCGCACCCUGGAGUUUGGCAAGUUUGAUGAGAUCGCUGAGGUGGGCUACCAGCAUGGCAAGACUGUAUUUGACGUGUGGAGUCGCAGUGGAGUGGUGGAGAAAAUGUUGAAAGACAGGCACCAGGAGGAGUUCCACAAAACCCAGAGCAACAACAAUGUGGUGACAUGUCCUAACGCCUCUUUCACUGACCUGGCAGAGAUUGUGUCCCGUAUCGAGCCUGUCAAACCCCCAGUGGUGGAUGAGGAGUCAGACUACCACACUGACUAUGAGGAGGAAGCAGCGGAGAGUGCUUUGUCUGACAUGGAGCUGUACAAUCACUCUGGAGAGCACACUGAGGGGGAGGAGACUGCUGACACGGAUGAAGAGCUGGAGGUGAGAUGUUUGUACCGUAUUCCACCCCUCACCAACACAGCUGUGAACCACCCCUCAGACUCCUUUAAUGCCCCUGACAGUCCACUGGACUCACCGUCUCCUACACUUAAAAAUCCUGGAAGUCCUCUCUAAGCACUCCAGCAAGUAAAGACCCAUCUGAUGAACUCUGUCAGCCUAAUCGGGUCAUCACAUUUUAACCUCUCCGAGCCACACUUUGCCUUCCAGUCUGUCCUACGUGACUCAGCCUACGAGGCGACCUCUCGUUCUGCCCUGAAGACUGUCAUCAUUUCAUCCUAUAUCACUUGGCCUCGUUGGCUUUAUGACUGACAAAAGUGGAACGUCACUUCAGUAACAGAAUGCAGGCAGGUGGUGUCAGACCUUGAACAGCCAGUGUUAUUCAUAGUGUAUUCCAGUGUACCUGUGUGUCUACUGCCAGUGAACACAGAAGACUGUCUUCUGUUCAUUUACAUGAGUCAUAGCAGUGCAGAAUGCUUCUUAUUAAUGCUUCGUCCCCAUGUGCCAGAGACAUGGAGGGAAGCAGUCACUGCAAGUCACUUCAAAGCACUACUUUUCCUCUGGGGUGGUGAGAGAGCUGUUUCUGCCUGUUCUGUUUUUUUUUUUUUUUUUUUUUUUUUCUCCCUAGCUCGACACAGACUGAGCAGCAGACACUACAGAUGUGCUUGGUGAAGUCUAAGCUCUAGAUGCCUUUGUGCAAUUUAAGCAGAAGGGGCAAUUCAAGGCAGCUGGUCGGUUAUUCACAGAAGGAUAUCGUAUUGUAGCAGGCACGAUUUGGAAAAUGAUUUGUCGAGAAUUACAUCAGAUUUUUUUUCAGUGAUCUGGAUCUGAAGUAUUCUCUUUCCAAACACAAGAAAAAGAAACCAAUUUCUUCAUGUUUCUUGCAUUUAUUGCCUGCUGUUAGAAAGGUACAGUCUCAGUAAUAUGCAUGUAUUGUAUAAAAAAAGAAAAAGUAUAAAAUAAAUAAAAUCUUAUAAUCACAUGUGAUUCACAAAUGUAAACACAGCCUGCAGACGCUGCUAUAGCAUUUAUACACUGGCUUAAUCCGAGACAGCCAGACAAUCACUCCACAAGUGAGUCUUUAUAUAGCCUUGAUUAACUUGCCUCUGUAUUACACUACAAUGUUUUUUAUAGGCCAGCCUACACAUCAUUAUGCCUUUCAAAGCAACUCUUUGUAUACUUUUUUCUCCCUAUUGUGCCUUGUGUGCCUUAAGUGCUGCAGUGUAUGAAACAGUGGCCUUAAAUCAGCUGUAGUUCCUGUAGCCUUACAUGUCGAGGCAGUGAAAAAAAAUCCUGCGUUCAGUAGUGGGAAUGUCCCCGUGGAGUUUAGACACAGAAUGUGUGAGCAAGUCUGAAAUUAGGAAAUGGUUGCUACCUACCAGCUGAAGUGGUAGUGUUGGAGAUUUGGGUCGUAUCCAACAACCAAGCACAAUGAAUUAAGAGUCUGGCACAAGGAAGGAGUAUUUUGCUACUUUAUUAAAUGGGAGAGGUGGUAAUGGAUGAAGUGCUUAUGUAAUGUAUGGAAUUGUGCCAUAAACAAAGCCUCAGCUGACCCCGACAGAACAAGAUGCAUUCCCUCAGAAAUGGUGCCUUGAUUGGCACACAUUUUUUCCGAUUAGUUCAACGUAAUGAAUUUGAUGCAGUUUACCAAUAAUCCUGUAUAACAUCAUUUACUUGUACCUAUAUUUAUGUUCUUUGAUAAACACUGUUUUGAUAAUCAAUUGUUGCUAAUAAACUACCUGAUAGUUGUUGUAAUCAGUGCCUUUCUUUUU